AUCCAAACCACACUGCAAUAUUGUAACAAAAUCCUUAUUGUCGGACAGUUGUCACACUGGUGAAGCCUGAUCAUGGGGGGAAAUAAGAUCCUGUGUAUCGGUUUAGUGUGCCUGGAUAUCAUCAACGUGGUGGAUACAUAUCCAGAGGAGGACACUGACAGCAGGUGUUUGUCCCAAAGAUGGCAGCGGGGUGGCAAUGCGUCCAACUCGUGUACAGUAAUCUCACUGUUAGGGGCGCCUUGUGCUUUCAUGGGGUCACUGGCACCAGGGUGCGUUGCAGAUUUCAUAGUGAAUGAUUUCAUGAGGCGUGGUGUGGACGUGUCUGCCUUGGUGUGGCAGAGUGAAGGGGUGACACCCAGUGCCUGCUGCAUCGUAUGUACCGGCAGUGGUUCUCGCACGGUGGUCCUCUCUGACACGAACCUGCCUGAUGUAACAGCAGAUGAUUUCCACAAUGUGGAUUUGUCCCAGUACAAGUGGAUCCAUUGGGAGGGCAGGAAUGCCGGGGAGCAGGUGAAGAUGAUAAAGCGAGUGCAGGAGUAUAACUUGACCAUACCUGCAGAUCAAAUAAUCACCAUCUCUGUGGAGAUUGAGAAAACCAGGGAUGAGCUGUACCAGCUAUUCGAGCACGCAGACGUGGUGUUUGUCAGUAAGGAUGUGGCCAGACAUUUUGGGUACAACUCUGCUGCUGAAGCUCUGAGGGGUCUGUACAAUCGAGUAAGAAAGGGGGCGUCCCUAAUCUGUGCCUGGGCGGAGAAGGGGGCUGAUGGAAUGGGUCCUGAUGGGAUAAUGGUCCAUUCAGAUGCCUUUCCCCCUGAGGCCAUUGUGGAUACUUUGGGGGCUGGUGAUACCUUCAACGCUUCAGUUAUUUUCGCUUUGUCUAAUGGAAAGAAUCUGCAGGAAGCACUGACAUUUGGUUGCCAGACUGCUGGAAGGAAAUGUGGCAUACAAGGGUACGAUGGGAUUGUUUCAUAGAAACAAUGGAUGACAGGAGAGAAAGGGAACUCCACAAUCUAGAAGCUGCCAAGACAAUAAAUGACUUCAGAGCAAAAACUGCUAAGACACCACUUAAAAUAAUAUACAGUGGAUGAUAAUAACUUUGAGAAUAGAUUGACUAAAGUGGGUCCAGGUGUACUAGUUGAGUUAAUAGUUUACUGUUUGAGGACCUGGAUCUUUAAAAGAGUGGCAUAAGUUCAAAUUCCUAAAAUCAAAAAAUGAAAUAAAAUAAAAUAAAUGUGCUUUGAUGACUAGAACAAUGUUCCUAAUUUUGUAGUCUUUUGAGUAUGGAAUGAAUGUCAACCAGAUGGCAAUAAUUUCCAGCCAUUAAAUAAAAUUGCUGGGCAGUAUUUGAACACAUGGUUUAUAAAACUAUUAAUGGUUUUAAAUACGAGUCACCAUUUCGGAUUGUUAGUGAGAGAUUGUAUCUAACCAAUUGUCAGAGAUAUGCAAAUGAUCUGUAUCCCCUACUUAAGACAUUGGUGGCACGCAUUGUCUGUUUACACAGUCAUGUUAUGGCUACAGUAGUCUCUCUCUAAACUGGACAUGUUGGAAGAUAGAGAGGUUGUCCAAAAUAUCAAGAUGUCAGGUUUAAAAAAUAAUAAUAAAGAAAAGACAGAUGCUUUACAGUAACCCGCAGUACACUGGAACAAGCCAGUGGCUUAAAAUGUUAGUGCAGUGAUUACCCUUAUUGGUAGCCUGAAGCAGUUGACAGAUAUCAGUGGUUGUGCAUUGAGGGAAAUUGUCAGACAGGCUAAGGAAAGACAAAUGAUUUAUAAAUAUUUGGGGACGUCUCCUCCUCCUCCUCUCUCUUUGGCUGGCCACGUAGAAAGUGUGCACUCCAUAUUUCUUUUCUCUCUUUUCUUUACCUGCUUCUCUGGUGGUUUCAGAGGUAUUUAUAUUUGACCAUUUAAUUUGCACACAGUUUAGACCUGGUUUUCACAUGUCAAUUGAAACGCUACCACUGUUGAUGGUUUGCUAAAUCGUUACAUUUGUAUGUAAAUGAGGACACUCCUAAAGUUCAGCCCAUGUCCAGCACUAAUGCUGACUUGCCGGAUGGGCCUUAAAAUAUGAUUGCUAAAUCACAUAGGUGGGCAAAGGCUGUUUGCCCAUGCAUGUGCCUGAUUUUAGUGCGCUAACUGACCACAAAAGUGUUUUGCAAUUGAUUUAGGGGUUUGAGGCCGGUAAGUAUUAUGCAUAUGGACCUAAGUGUUCAGGCACUAAUACCUUUCAGGAAUGUAUUUUACAAGAGGAGUGUCCAGUGCAGUUUACCUUGCAGACAUUAUACCAUUUCCUUUAGAGUGUUGAACAAAACAAUUGGUACAGAUUAUAUGUCUAGUUAGUCCUUGUAAAAAUUACUCAGUAAAUUAGCAUGGUGAUUUUGCCAUUCUUGUACCAUGUAUUUUCAUCCAAUGGUCAAUCUCACAACUAACCUGUAGCCAAUAAAUAUAUAACCAUGUUGCCUACCUUUCGUGGCAUUAAAGUUAAUUUGUUAAACUCAAAUUGUGUUAGUUGGACAAUUACUGAAUACAUUUUGCAGCUUUUAGAAUGUUGCUUCCAGAUUCCUCCUACUGUCUGCCUUUAUAUUACCUUCUAUUAUAGUCUUAUCUUAAUGUGCAUUACAGUCACGCAAACUGCUCCACAUGUAUGCACUGGCAGUUGUUCUUUAUGACAAUAGGAUUUCUCAAUGACAAUACUCCCUUAAGCACACUAGUAAUGUAUCAAUCUGUUUGUACCACUGAAUCAUUGAGAAAUUAUGAUGAGAGGUAUUUGUUGUGAGAUUGUAAUGGGGUAGGUCUCUGUUUACACACUGUUUAAAAUUACACGUAGUCACUCGUACACAUGUGAUCCCUGCUGGAAACACUGGUACUUGAGAUGAAAAGGUUGAAAACCACUGCUGUAUGACAUCAAUGUCAGGGUCUACUUAAGCAAUAUAACCCAAAGAGGACUUUACCACUUGGUAAGGUCUGCCUUGUGCUGUGAAAUGCCUGAGCCGAAGGCUAUUAGAAAAUGGCAAUGUUAAAAAAAAUAAAAACAUUUAAAGUUUUUGUUGCUAAUGAAUACACAUGCUUUCCUCAAUAUUCCAUGAACAAUGUGGUUUGCUUGGAAUUCCAUAUGUGGUCUGGUAGCCUCAGGCUUCAGAAUCCCAGCGGUGGACGAUGUUUUGUAUUUCCAAUAACUUAAAUAAUUACACAAAACUAAAUAAAAAUAAUCUUCUACUUACAUGGAGCUAUUCUUCAGUUCAGGUACCUCGUACACAAAAGCAAACAUGGCUUGUGAACUGUUUAUCUGUAAAAUAUGUAAAAUAACAAAAGUACUGUUAACUUUUUUUUCUUUUUUA